UGCCUACAGAGGAGCAACAGAUCCCAGCGCAUGCGCACUUCAUUGUUUUGACUGAAAAUGCCGUCGGUUUCGAAAACGGCGGCCAAUGCGUCUCCUCAAACCGAGAAACCUACCCACUAUACCUACUUGAAGGAGUUCAGGACGGAGCAGUGCCCGUUGUUCCUCCAGCACAAGUGUACGCAGCACAGACCCUUUACUUGCUUUCAUUGGCAUUUUCUAAACCAACGCCGAAGACGACCUAUCAGAAGAAGAGACGGGACCUUUAACUAUAGCCCCGACGUCUACUGCACGAAAUACGAUGAGACCACAGGCAUCUGCCCAGAUGGAGAUGAUUGCCCUUAUUUACACCGCACCACUGGUGACACAGAGCGCAAGUACCAUCUAAGAUAUUACAAGACUGGCACUUGUAUACAUGAGACGGAUGCUCGGGGGCAUUGUGUGAAGAAUGGCCUCCACUGUGCUUUUGCUCAUGGACCACAUGAUCUCCGACCUCCAGUCUAUGAUAUCAGAGAGAUCCAAGCACAAGAGGCCCUCCAGAAUGGCCAGUUGGGGUCUGGGGAAGGCAUCCCUGAUUUGCAGCCCGGUGUUCUGGCCAGUCAAGCUAUGAUCGAGAAAACGCUGACUGAAGAUCCACGCUGGAAAGAUACCAACUUCGUGCUAGCCAAUUAUAAAACAGAUCAGUGUACUAAGCCGCCAAGACUAUGUAGACAAGGCUACGCGUGUCCCCAUUACCACAACAGUAGGGAUCGAAGGCGAAAUCCAAGGAAGUUCAAGUACCGGUCAACUCCUUGUCCUAAUGUAAAACAUGGUGACGAAUGGGGCGAGCCUUCAAAAUGUGACAGUGGAGACAGUUGCCAGUAUUGUCACUCUCGUACGGAACAGCAGUUUCACCCAGAAAUCUACAAAUCCACCAAAUGCAAUGACAAACGACAAACAGGAUAUUGUCCCCGAGGACCAUUUUGUGCUUUUGCACAUGUAGAAAGAAUCCCUUCUACAGAAGAGACCAUGAACUCAUUGCUGUCAGCAAUACAUUCGAGUUCACAGUCCCAGCUGGGCUCCCAGCAGUUUUCUGAGUGUCCAAUCCCUGAGUGGACCAGUGGAGCCAACCCUAGCACCAACGCAACUACUAGCAAUGGACAAGUAGGACAUGUUUCAUGUUCUAGUAACUCCACUGUAACACCAAGCUCAGGAAGCGACAGUUUGUUAUCCCCAGUGGGAUCCAUCAGCAGGCCAAUAACCCUUACUAAUAGUAGUUUAUGUUCAGAGUCCACCACAUCCACUGUCUCAUCUCUGACGUCUAACUAUCCCAAAGCUCCCGGCUUUGAACGUGAGGAUCAGAUUAAAAUCAAGGGACAUAUGGAUCACAAACUGUUGGACCAAGAAAAGCAGACACAAAACAGCGUAUUCUCUGUGGGGAACCCUUUGGCAUCAGGUUUUACCUCCAGCAUAACAUCCAGCUUGGCCUCUAGUAUUGGCUCUGAAAGCUCUUCACCCACAACCUUAUCGACGAUGAACGCAAAAGCGACUCCGUUCUAUCCAGGGAGCAACACUGUGGAGUCUGUCAUAGGGUCGGCGCUGGACCUCAAGUUUAGUGAUAUCAACGUCGCCUCUCUUGAAAAAGAAUUAGAGGAGCAAGAGGGCAGCUUAGGACUGACAAGUCACAGGGUGCUUGGUGGAUCUGCUCCUGUCAACAUUCCAGGAUCUCUGGCGCGCUCAUCCUCGUUUAAUUCCUCAUCAUCGCUCUCCACCUCCCCCCUAAGCUCCCUCUCCCAGUCCCUGUCACAGUCGUUGCUUUCUGGGACAGUUUCCCAGCAAAGUCAGGCUUCAAACAUGCUCGCCAAGCAAGAACAUGGCUUACUGGGAACACCAACCUCCCAGAACUCCCUGGGUUUGAAUGGCGGCGCAAGUAACAUUUGGGACUUUGUAAGUGGCAGCUUCUCGCCGAGUCCAUCACCAGUUUUCAGCAGCCUGACCUCCCCAGCCAGCAGUGCAGAUGUGGCACGUCUAUUUAGAGAGCUGGAUGAAGCCAAGAGGAAGAUCAAACAAUGGGAGGAGGCCUGGCAUCAAGUUAAACAAGCCUGCGAAGCUUGUCAGAAAGAGGCUCUCGAAGCAAAGGAACAAGCAAAGACGGCCGAGGCGGAGCGGCAGCUAGCCGAGCAGAAAUGGGAAGAAACAGACCGCAAGCUGAAGGAGCUCCAGGGAGACUUUGAUAUGCUCUGUCGCGGCCCUGGAACACCUCUUCUGCGUAGCUACGGCGAGCUUGAGCAGCUCCCCUUGUCAAAGCUUCACUCCAUCCAGAGUCAGCUACGUAAUGACCUAGACCUUAUAGAUGGGGUAAUAUAUCAGCUUCAGUCAAAGAAAUGUAUAGUUUGCCAAAAGCAUGAUCGUUGCGUUGUUCUGCAACCUUGCCAACAUUAUGUACUAUGUGAAACCUGUGCGCCUAGUAAAACAGAAUGUCCUUAUUGUAGUACAGAAAUAUUAAAGUGGUGAUGUACAGUAACUCAAGGUACUAUUUAAAGAAUUAGCUCUUUUUGGAAAGCUACUAAUAGAUACUACAUUUUUUAAACAACACAUUUUCUUGUAGUGGUUAAAUGAUAUUUGAAUAAAAUGAUGUUUGACUGACAAAAACCGCUAGUAUUAAAAAUAAGGUUACAUAAUCUAGAAUUCAUUUGUUUUUUGCUCACGUUAUGCACAUGUUACAUUAGACCCCUGUUUGCGCUCACAUUAAUUCUGGAAAGUUAGAUCUACCACAGAUAGAUCAGGCACCUUUGUAUUUGUAUUUUGGGUAAUUGUAAAUUAUGUUCCAUAAAACAAUCAAAAAAGGAUUUGUGAGUCACAAACCUGACAGAUAUUAUAGAAAAUGUGGUUUAACCGGUAAAAGCGAUGAGAUGAUCUUGCUUAAGCAAGUGAGGGUUUGUGUUUAUUAAGCAUGGAUUUUUUGUAAUUAAAGAUUUCCAGUAAAUACUUAGAAAAACCAGAUUGAAUCUAUUUUAAGUGCUUAUUUAGUUUGGAACAUUGUUUUUAUUAGAAUUAAUCCACCAAAUAUUGUAAAACUUGCAGCUAAAUGUUGAGUCUACACACAAACGAAGACGGGAUAUUAACAUAAAAUGGGCAAAACUCAAAUGUUUCUUUAACGGAAGAGGAAUAUGCUUAAAUACGAAAAAGUCUGAGAGCGAAUGUCUAAACGCAUCAUUUUAGUUGAAGCCCUGAUGUAGAAAUAAGUAUUAUACUUUAGAAAAACACCAAAAAAUAUUUAAUGCUAUAUUAAACUUCUAAUAAAAAAAAUAUUAAAGCUGUUCCUCUUCAAAUGAAAUUCUUUUUGGUAAAUCAUAGAUACAUUUUUAACCAUUUGUUUUUUUAUAUGCAGCCAGUCAAGCAUUAUUUUGACUUAAGUUUGAAAAGAAGUCUGAUUUCUUAUUAAGAGCACUUUGUUAACCUGGGACUUUAUUAAUGGGUAUAUAGUAAUUUGCUUUAAGCUUUUUUCUGUGGGUGUUUUUUACUGUCAUGUUCUAGAUUUGUACUUUUUUUUUUUUCUACAUAAGCUAAUGUCUGAAGCUUCUGUGUGUACUGUGAAACAGUUGAAUAUUUCUUGUUUCAUAUUGUUAAAACACAGCAUGGUUCUGCAUAUUAAGAUUUCAUAGAAAAGUACUUAAUAGUUUCUACUGUAGUUAGAUUUAUAAAUUCUAAUCAAUUAAGUGCAAGUUAAAACUGCAUUGUAGGCAUAACCAGCAGCCGUUAUAUCAGUAAGGCACAUGCUACAUAUAAAAGGCUGUUUUUCAAUCAGUAAUUAUUGUUAUGUAGACAUUUAAAAACAAAGCUGUUCAUUAGAUAAGCAUGUAUUUGGUAUAAGCCUAAAGUGGUGAUAUUUUCUUUUUUUUGUAGGGAUCUAGCCUCUUGACUUUGUCUAGAACAUAUCGGCCUCUGACUCUAAAGUGCCUUAGUUAUAAAGGUUAUGUAUGAUAACUCAAAACACAAGUAGUUGAAGCUUGUGCACAGGUUCCUGCGCAUUUAUCUUUGCAAAAGUAUCAACAUAUGUGAAUAGAUGUGUAGAAGAGUAUAUUCCAUUAUUUUUGGCCAAAUUCCAGCAAGUAUUUCUGCAGAGAAGGAAUAGAAAAUACAUUUUCAACUAAAACUGUCAGUGCCUGCGUCCUGACUGUACCCUUAAAAAAAAAAACAACCCCCCAUUCUGUCCUCCAUCUUAACUAGCCAGCAGCUCAUUCUUCUGUUGUGGUGCUCUUUUGAUGCAGCUUCACUCUCUGGAAUUAGGUUUUUACAUUUGGGAGUAGGCAAACUUAAGGGCACGUUCAAAUUUGUACAGUAAAUUAGCAAAAAUGCUUUUACAUGUUUUUUUUUUGGAAGAUUUCUGUAGAAUAUGAAGAAUUUAUAGUCGGAUCAUGAGCUGGAUUUUGCAUAGGAGUUUUCCUUGAGUUCCUCUAACAAAAAAAAGGACCUUCUACUGUGUAAAAUGAAAAUCUUAAAAAAAAAAAGGCAAAAACUUUUUAUUCCUGCUUUAAUUUCAGUAGAAAAAAAUGUAUCUCAUAGUAAACCUUUUGCUACUUAUGAAUAUGGGAUAACGCAUUGUUUACAUUCUCACAAAUGACAAUUAAGCAACUCAGAGGAAAAAAAUCAUAAACUUUAUCACAUUUGAGCAUUUUUAAUGGUCAUAUUAUAGCAUAUAAGGCAGACUAAACACAUCUGGUAUUGCAUGUUAUGCGAUAUAGCAACCACCUAGUUAAAAAGUACUUAAAAUGUCUGCACUGUUUCACACUGCCAGGAUAUUUGUAUUAACUUAUAUAAUGUAAUUAAGGCUUAAUUACUUCUGCAAGCUUCGCUGCUACUGGAAAAGGUAUUAAUGUAGUUUCUUCUUAUACAUUUCGAUGUUUGAAUGUUGUUCAUCCAAUCAGAUUUCAUUACCUAUGAGAUUCUCUUAUGUAUCUUAAAACUUUGAUCGUUUGUAAACCCACUUGAGAAAAAGGUUUUAGUACUUUUGUAAAUCAUACAAAAUGAUGUCAUUGACCUGUACUGCUAUAGAUUUAUUUUUUUUUUUAUUAAAUUGAAUCAUAUUUCUGAUAGAGGUGUACAGUGCAGCUAAUUCGCAGAGUCCUUUGGUCUAUUUUGUUUUGUCUGUGAAGCCAGCAAUGCUAAAGAUGUCUUGUGUGAAAAAAUGUCAAAAUGAACCAAAGUGGUGUUUAGUAGCUGUCCUGAUGGUGUGCACUGUAAAGAGAAAAAUCAACCCUUGAACAGAAUUCAAACAAUGCUCCAGCUUUGGCCACAUUACCCGUUUCUAAUAGUUGAAAGCACAAAGGUCAGUUGAACGAAACUGAGACGAGGUAAAACUUUUCAGAGCAGCUGAAACUCUGUUUUUUUUUUUUUGGAUGGAUUUCUAGUUUAAUGGGGUUUUUCAGUAGGAUGUAAAUUUUCUAGGAUUUGGUUUUGCUUAGACGUCUAAUAGUGUCUGUUUUUUUUUUUGUUUUACCAAAGACUCGUAUUGAUCCCCAACCAAUACUCUUCAUGUUUUACUUCUGAAAGAAGUCUAAAUUGAUUGAAUAAAAGAGAUAAAUCACCUAGAACCUUAAUAGAUAAAGUUCUUUGCUUUUAUAUCUAAAGUUACAGGUUUAUACACAAAUGUAUUCAAAAAUGCAUGAGUCCAAUUCAUACAAAAUAUGUUUUAUGACAGUUUUUUCUCUACUGGCUGACUUUAAGCGCAAAUUCAGUGUCUGUUUUAAUUGUUGUCUGCAAUGAAAAAGCGUCUUGGUAAAUGAUAUAUGUGCUUCUAAAGUGGCCAUAUGGACUUCACUACAAUACUGUGUUAAUUAAAUUCCAUUUGACUUUGCUUCAUCAUCAGUAAAUUUGCAUUUUGAUUGUUAUGGUAGGCAUACAAUGACUGUAAGGUGCUUUCUUUGUGAAUCUAUAUCUUCUGAUUUUUGGGGGUUUUCUUUUUUUUAUUUGUUGAAUUUAUGGUCAAAUUUACUGUUUUCCCAGGACAGAAAAUGAUUGUGAAGCAUCAAUGACAGAUACAGACAAAAAUUUAACUCAACUGCUUUUGCGGUUUGCUGUAGGUGUUGGUUUCAAGAAAUCCACUUGCCCUGUUUAAAGUUUUCUUUAAAAAAAAUCCAUAUAAGUUUGUUUAUUCAGCUUUCGCUUCCCCUUAUUUAAUCUCUUAGCAGACUAAUUAAUUCCAAAUAAAUCUGUGCCUUUUAACAAUUACAUCUUGAUUGACUUAACAGAAAAUAAAUCUUUGAUUAGAAUCAAAAUAUUUGUGCCUUAAAAUAAUUUUGGAGCACCGCAAUGCGUCGGCUUCUGGUCCAGAGCUUUUAGGGUGUAUGAGCUGAAAGAAAAAAUGUUAAUAAAAAUUAUUUCAGCAGUUUGAGUUGAAAAAAAAAAAAAUGUUAGAUUUCAUUUUCCUUGCCAAUCUUUGUCUGUAUUUGCCAUAUAGGAUCAACAACCCCAGCUAUAUAUAACCACUGAAUUUACCUGAAUUCUAUGUUCUGAAUGAGGUAUUUAACACCAAAAUGUCUUUAUUUUUGUUUUAAUAAAAAGCACCAAAUAGGAAGACUUGUAUAUGAAUAUUAAUCCAUGUAUCAUGAAGCUCUACUCUACAUUGGAAUAGUUUGUGUGUUUUUUUACUUGUCGUUUUUUUUAUUGUUUUUUUUUUUUCUGUUGUUGUUGUUGUUCUUAACCUUUAUGAAAAUAGAGCCAGAAAAUUUAUGCAAUCUUGUACAUUUAUGAGUGUAAUGUAUGGAGCUGUUCAAAUUAAGCAAAACUAUUAGUAGGAAGUCAAAUGAAUUUAAACAUUAAACCAGCUGGUUUAUGUACUUUUAGAAAUUUGCAACAUGUUAUUUUGAUAACAAAGCUGGGAAUUAAUGAAUGUAUUGUUCUAAAUUAGAUAUUCAACUAAUAGUCUAGGUAUUAUGAAGCGCAGUUAAUUGAUUAUGAUGUAGCAUUUAGUUGUGAACUGCUAUUCAAUAAAGUAUAUUAGAACUUAAAAAA